ACAUGUUCAACAUGAAUGGCUGGGUUACUGAUUACAGGUGAUGUUAUACUUAGUUUGUGAUAAGGCUCUCGCUUUAAGCACAAAGUCCUUCCAGGUGCAGCAAUCCUGCAGCUACUUUACCACAUCCUUCCCCAUCCCUCAUAGGACCACUGCUGCCUCUCAGGUCAGUUGUUGGUGUGUUUUCUGCUUCCUGACAUCAAUUGAACAACCAGCAGCAUCAUGAGUGUAGAGUCCAAAAAACCACGUGAGGCUUGCGGCUCCAGGCUCAAGCUUUUUCUGGCCUCAAUGGCAUUUGCGUUCUUUACCAAAGCCUUCGGUGGAGCCUAUAUGAAGAGCUCCAUCACCCAGAUUGAGAGGCGCUUUGAUAUCCCCAGCUCCCUCAUUGGGGUCAUAGAUGGCAGCUUUGAAAUGGGCAACCUGCUAGUAAUAGCCUUUGUGAGUUACUUUGGCGCUAAGCUCCAUCGUCCCAGGCUGAUCGGUAUUGGCUGUGUGAUCAUGGCUAUUGGAUCUUUCCUCACAGCGCUUCCUCACUUCCUUCAGGAACCGUAUAAAUAUGAGACCAGUGUGUCUCACAAUACAGCUGUCAACAGCACUGAGAGCAUCCUGCCCUGUCACUACAACCACACUCUGAAUGACGCAGAUGAGACCCCUGAUUUAAAGGCCAGAGCAGCUUGUGAAAAGGCAGCUGGCUCAUCUAUGUGGAUUUAUGUAUUCUUGGGAAACAUGCUGCGUGGAAUUGGAGAGACCCCCAUCAUGCCUCUGGGUGUGUCCUACUUGGAUGACUUCUCCCUAGAAGAGAACACUCCUUUCUAUUUGGCGUGCAUCCAUACAGUGGGAAUUUUAGGACCGAUGUUUGGGUUCAUGCUCGGGUCCUACCUUGCCAAGAUCUAUGUGGACAUUGGAUCUGUGGAUUUAGACAGCAUCACCAUCAACCAUAAGGACUCCCGCUGGGUGGGGGCCUGGUGGCUGGGCUUCCUUGUGACUGGCGUAUUGAUCUUGGUGUCCAGUAUCCCAUUCUGGUUCCUGCCCAAGUCGUUGCCCAAACAAGGGAAAGAGGAGAGCCGGAAUAAAGGCACAGAGCUUACCACGGUGCCAGAGCAGGAGAAUUUCCUUCCAGAGGAAAACCCGGAUCAUGAGGAGGAGAAGCCGGUUACAUUCAAAGAGAUGGCUAAAGAUUUCAUUCCAUCCCUGAGGAGACUCUUCAGGAACAGCGUAUACCCAUUGAUGAUCCUCACCUACCUGGUGGUCGUUAAUGGCUUCAUUGGCAUGAUCACUUUCAAGCCAAAGUUCAUGGAGCAAAUCUAUGGCCAGUCAGCCUCCAAGGCCAUUUUCCUCAUAGGUAUACUGAACUUGCCAGCAGUGGCUCUGGGAAUCAUCACAGGAGGAUUUGUACUGAAACGUUUCAAACUGGGUGUCAUUGGAGCAGCCAGGGUGGCAGUUGCUGCCUCCAUUGGGUCCUGUUCUCUGCUUUUCAUUCAGGCCUUCAUCCACUGUGACAUUGCAGAGGUGGCAGGUCUUACUGUCUCAUAUCAUGGGGUACCUCAGGUGUCCUAUGACCGCCAGACUUUGCUGUCACAGUGCAACAUGGGCUGCGCCUGCUCGAUGAAACAGUGGGACCCAGUAUGUGCCUACAAUGGCAUGACGUAUGCCUCACCGUGUCUGGCUGGCUGCCAGACCUCUACUGGCACUGGCAGGGAAAUGGUGUUUCAUAACUGUACCUGUGUUGAUGAGAUGACGACUCCAGGGAUGAACAGGUCUGCAGUGCUAGGCCAGUGCCCCAGGAGGAGCAACUGUGAUCGCACAUUCAAAAUCUACAUGGCUUUGUCCACACUGGGGUCCUUCAUUUCAGCCUGUGGGGGCACUCCAGGAUACAUCGUCCUCCUCAGAUCCAUACAGCCUGACCUGAAGGCGCUGGCUUUGGGUAUGCAAACACUGAUAGUCAGAACCCUGGGCGGGAUACCCCCUCCUAUAUACUUUGGAGCACUGAUUGACCGAACCUGUUUGAAGUGGGGUACCAAGCAAUGUGGAGGUCGUGGAGCAUGCAGACUCUAUGAUGCUGAUGCAUUUAGAAUGACAUUCAUGGGCUUGAUUACUGGAUUAUACCUCCUAUCCAACAUUCUGUGGGGAGGCGUCUACCGCAGAGUUGUCAAGAGACACAAGAAGUUAGCACUGAGGAAACAGGCCAAAGAAAAUGGACUAGAGGAUAACUGCCAAGGCAAUGGACAUGCCAGCAUCAGUAUUGCCAAAAACAAAGACGACACAGACAAGGAGAGUACCAUUUAAGGCAAUGCCAUUGCAUAAUGCAGGUGAAAAUCGCAGAUUUGGACCAAAUGUGGUAAUGGUGCAGUAUGCUUUGGUCCUUUAGCUGCACUCUUUCUUCUUUACACAUAUUCUACUGAAAACAUCAACUGCUGUUUGUUCACUUCAAAGGUCAAAAAUCCUGACAAGCGCUUAGUGUUAAUAUGACCAGCAAUCGAAUGACAUGAAAUGAUACGCGAUCCACACCUGAGUUCACUUUAGCUUGACUUCCUCUGUCAGAGAAAACAAUAACAAAACAUACCAGAUAUUUGGUACACAUUGUGUCCAUACUUAGAUAGCUUUACGUCAUGAUAGUUAUGUCUCAUCCCAGCUUUACAUUCAAAGUCAUUUAUGUGUAGUGACAGUUUAACAUAUAUACAGUAAAUGUACAGUGUAUGUAAAGUGUAUAGUUUUAAAUACUAGGCUACUUAAGUAAAAUGCAGCAGCAACUUUAGUAACAUGACAUAUUAUCAAUGUAUUUUCAGUUGAUAAUGUUUGCGUUCAUGUUUAUUUCAGGGACAGUGAGAGUUUGUUAGAUUAUUCAACCUGUGGCAUAGUCUACAGUGAGUAGUAUCGUAAUGAAGAUAGUGAGGGUAGCUAAGGUUUAGGUUUAGGGUGUGUAAGAGUUUACUUAAAAGGUUAGAGUCAGCAGCCCAG